AUGAAUACAGGCUUCAGUAAUGAACUACAACAAUUACAAAUGGAGCUUCGUGCUCAAAAUUUUGAUAUUAUCCGUUUUUCUACUUAUCGAACGGCGUGUAAAUUACGUUUUAUACAAAAGAAGCUCAACUUCCAUCUUCUCGAUUUAUUAAAUGUCAUUGAAUCUCUUCGAGAAUGCUUAACAUGGCCAUCAUCAGAAAUCAGUUCAAACAGUUUAUCCCCUACAAAUCGCCGUACACCAACACCAAUACAAUCAUCAUUAUCAAAUCAUGAUCAAUUUCUUUCUAUAAAUCGUUUAACAACGUUUCUAACAUCAAUUUACACAAAUUUAAAUAAACGUCUCCCAUCUUCACAACAAAUUCUUCAUAUUGAUAAUUGUGUUCAUUCAGCUAUUGCUUGGUUUUUGUACGUUUAUAAUAAUAAUAAUAAUAAUGAUAUAACAAAUAAUGUUUCCAUACGUUUUAAUUCAUUUCGUGUCGUACUCGUACUUUUAUGUACAGGAAAAUUGGUUGAUAAAAUGCGUCAUUUAUUUACUUCAUAUUUAUCACCAUCCAUGAAUGCAAUGACUUAUGGACAAAUUGAUGAGCUUUUACAUGAGAUUCUUGCAUUACCUUAUGCCUUACAAGAAAUUUCAUAUGCCACAUAUCGUUCAAAUAAUGCACAAUUAAUGUUUUCACAUUUAUCUUCACCAUUAGUUAAUGUUGAAGAUUUUCUUGAUACAUUAAUCUAUAAUGAUACAACACCAAAUUGUUUACAAUGGUUGAUUAUAUUCCAUCGUUUAAUCAGCGUUGAAAAUGUUAUUCAUCGCGUUAAAUGUUCAGCAUGUCAACGAGCAUCGUUUUCUGGUUUUCGUUAUAAAUGUCAACAAUGUCAUGAUAGAGCAUAUCAAUUAUGUCAAGAUUGUUUUUGGCGUGGAAGAGUAUCCGAUCAACAUUUACCAACACAUGAAAUGAAAGAAUAUACAUUUUUUACAUCGCCUGUUAAAGAGUUUCGCCAAUCGAUUCGAAGUGACAUCAAAUCAUUUCAAUGUAUGCCAAAAAGUGAAGAUCGUCGUUCCCAUUUGGCUUCGGCACCGUCUCCACGUUUUUUUUCAUGGAAAUCUCGUAACAGUAGUACAAAACGACAUCAACAGCUAGUAAAACAACAACAACAACAACAACAACAACAACAACAACAACAACAACAACAACAACAACAAAAACAACAACAACAACAACAACAACAACAACAACAACAACAAACAUCAAUAUCAAUCUCAUCACCAUCAAGUCCAUUAAUGAUGGAAAAAGAACAGAUAUCAUCAUGUUCAUCGCCACAGCUAGUUCGUCUUAGUACACCAAAACCAAUCAAUCACGAUGAACAACGAUCAUUAGUAGCACCAAAAACUGAUAUUAAAAAAAUUGACGAAAAUGGAAAUGAAUCUGAUAUGGAUGAACAUGUACAGAUUGCAUAUUAUGCUCAACAAUUAGCAUCUAUUGUUGAAAAACAAAAACAGAAUCCAACGGGCAUUCAACCACCAAUUAGAUUUUCUUCAUGUCCCAUGAAUUUACAAAACAAUAAUCAAUAUUAUUCACGAAUGAUGACAACAACGCCAUCAACGAUGGUACCCAUGUCAUCUAUUCGAUCAAUGCAAAUGGAUCAUCAGAGUUCAGAAAAACGUUUAAUUAUUUCCAAACUUGAAGCUAAAAACAGACGUAUCCUUCGUGAAAUUAAUACAUUACGAACACAACUUAAGCGUCGUAAUUCACUUGAUUAUGCUAAUGCCAAUUUACCAAAUGAUUCGCAUGCAUACAGUGAUACCGAUGCUUGUACAACUGGUCUUUAUCCAUCAUCAUCUGGCCUUUCAUCGUCCAUGAAUCGGCUUGAACAACGUUAUACUCAAACUUUGCCACAUCAGCGUACUAGUCCUCCUCAUGACUCAUCAUCUUAUCAGCACUAUCAACAAACUCAAUCAACACGUAGCCGUAUUCAUCAGAUGAGACGUGCUGGUUCAACCGAAACAAAUCCAUAUUUAGAACAUGAAUUACAAACAUUACUAUCACGUAAACAUCAAUUAGAAUCACGUAUUGAUCAUUUACAGCAAAGCCGUGAAGAAUUGACAACACAAUUAGAUACACUCGGCAAAAUUCUACGCUAUUCACCACAUACACAACGAUCAACAACAGCUAGUCCACAUGGUCGUUUAAGUGUUUCACCAUCACGAAUGGUUUAUCAUACAACAGGAAAUACUUCGAAUGCAAGAAAAAUGAAUUCAAAUGUUUCAUUUCGAAGUUAUUCAACGCCACCAACACCUCUUCAUGAUGUAUUAACACCUACUGAAACAAGUAUCAAUGAGCCAACAUCGAUCAGUAACCAUACGAAAUCUCUGAGAACUGAUCUUCUUAUAGCAGCUGAUUCCUUAACAUCAGCCAUGUCAUCUCUUGUUCAACAAUUAAAUACUGAAAGUUCCGAAUCUCUUUCCAUAAUAAUCGAUAACAAUCUUAAUAUAGAGCAUAGAAAUGGUUAUAGUUCAACAAAUGAUAAUAAAACGAAUCACAGCGAUGCACUACUUCCAAAAACUUCAAUAGCUACUAGUAAUAAUACUACCACUGCGAAGAAGAAAGAUAUUAUUGAAAAUGAUAGUGGGAGCCGAACAGAUGAAGAAUCACUUUUAACAUCUGAUGAUGACGACGAUGAACGGCAUGAAGAACGAACAACAGAUGAUGAUCUUUUAAGAACAACCGAUGACGAUGAUGCUGCUGGUGGAAUCGCUCAAGCAAUAAAUUCAUUUAAUUUAUCGUCAACAAAACGAUUAGAACUAUUGACAAGCGAACAACAACAGUGA